AUGAGCUUAAAUGAACGCGAGAAGAACAAUGGAGCCGAUGAGGAGCGGGCCGUCGAAUGUCCCGUGGAUGAGUUUAGCCGAUUCUCUGGCAGCAGGAAGAUUGUCAUGACGGUUGUUAUCUCAUGGACUGGACUGCUGUCUCCGAUGGCAAGCACUUCAGUGCUGUCGGCCAUUCCCAACGUCGCCGCCACAUACAAUACUUCCGGCUCGAUGAUCGGGCUGAGCAAUGCCUUGUAUCUGGUCUUCAUGGCCUUGAGUCCGUGCUUCUGGGGUCCGUGGUGUCAAACAAUCGGGCGACGGAUGUCGUGCCUCGCUAGCACUCUGAUCUUCCUAGGCGCGUCAGUUGGAACCGCUUUGAGCCCGAACAUUGGCGCAUUCAUGGUGUUUCGCAUGCUGACUGCAUUUGUUGGCACGGCGAUCCUGGUUAUCGGGCCUGCUGUGAUUCGGGAUCUGUACCCUCCGCUCGAGCGAGCGACCGGGAUCGCAUGGUUUUACACUGGCACUCUUGUUGGUCCGACAAUUGGUCCUCUCCUUGCCGGUGCGAUUGUGACUUAUACGACGUGGCGUGUGAUCUUCUGGCUGCAGACCGGGCUCGCGGCGGUAUCGUUGGUCGGCAUCUUCUUUUUGUUGCCCGAGACCCUGAGUGAAACCGCACCUCGGCCGCUCAAGGGCUUGAGCCGGAAAGGGAAGAUCAGAGUAUUGCUUACGAUGACCAACCCUUGGCGGGUUAUAGCCCCGUUCAAGCGUCCGAGUCUGGUGGUCACAGCUAUCGCCAGCGGAUCGCUCGUCUGGAACCAGUACGGUCUCCUGACUCCCAUCCGAUAUGUCUUAAAUCCAAGAUUCCAUCUCGAAAGCCCGCUGCAGUCAGGCCUCCUCUACCUAGCCCCUGGAUGCGGAUAUAUCCUGGGCACGUUCUUCGGUGGUCGAUGGGCGGACUACAUCGCUCGCAAGUGGUACGACAAGAGGGGGGAAGUCUUUGUGCCUGAAGACCGACUGUACGCUGCGGUUCCGUUCCUGGGAAUCGUGAUUCCGAUCUGUAUGCUCAUCUAUGGGUGGUCAGUAGACAAGGAAUUCGGCGGGCUCGCGCUGCCUGUGCUCUUCAUGUUCUUCCAAGGCGUAUCUCAGCUCUUCUGCUUCCCUAGUCUCAACACGUAUUGUCUCGACGUCGUUCCGGAUAGGAGUGCGGAGCUCAUCGCAGGGAAUUUCUUCAUUCGAUAUAUCUUCGGUGCCGUUGCCUCUGCCACUUCCAUUCCUGCUGCGGAGUCCAUCGGUGUUGGGUGGUUCAGCACCAUCUCGGCUCUGCUUCUGGUCGUCGGGGGCACGGGUAUCUUCGUCGUUGCUCGCUGGGGCAAGGCGAAGUCAGUUGAUGCAUAA